AUGUACUUCGUUAGAGAAGCUUUGAAAAAAUUUGUAACUACUUUUUUGGAAUGGUCACAUGGGAAGAAGCUGGAAGGCAAAAGCGAAGAUGAUGUGUGGAUAAAAGAUGCUAAAGUAAAAAUCGUUAAUGGAGAAAGACAGUACGAAAUAAGAAUUAAGUCAUUUGAAAAUGAUAAAGAACGAAAAUCCUAUUCCCACUGCGACUGUAUGAUUCAAGUAAAAACAAAUGCUCCUGAUCCUUAUGAAAUGGAUUGCUAUGUAUUCAAAGAUGGUGAAAUAAAAGGCAUAAUGGGUAAUAAAGGCAUCAAAAAGCGGGGAGGUCUGUACGGAAAUGAAAGCGAUGCAGAGGAGGAUGGGCAGUGA